AUGACUAGCGAAGGGGAAAUUCGGUCCAUUCUUAGCCGUGCAUUGGAUGCCGAUGAGGCGGGCAAGAAAGAUGAAGCCAUUGAUCUUUAUGGACAGGCGGUUGAGAAGAUACUCCGGCUGGAGGAUCGCGAAAAGCGUGAUAAGUUGAAUAAAUACGCAAAACAGGCACUGGAGCGAGCGGAGGAAUUGAAAGGAAUCAAGUACACCGGACAGGUGGUACCACAGCCUUCCGUGGGUCAUACACCGACAGUACUGCAGCCAGUGCGAAGUAGCGCAGGUUUAGCUAGUCCUUCGCGUGCCGGCCCCGUGUUGGAGAUCAGUGGAAACCGGCAUGCCUACACGAGCGAGGAGAAAAAGGUGCUCGAGCAUACCUCGCACAUUAACGCGAAAGUUUACGUACCCUUCAUGGAUAUCGAUCUGCUGGAGAAGUUUCACUUUCCGAUGCCAUUCACCGAUAAGGACGGUUUGCUGGAGCUGGCCCCGAAGCAGAAGCGUGACCUUGUGAACUGGGUGCGCGUCAGUGAGCUGUGCGAAAACCCACAGCUGAUUGUUGGCGAUCAUGCGGACUUCUACAGCAUCCGCCAGACGAUCGUUUCGGACUGCAGCUUUGUUGCUUCGCUGGCCGUUGCUUCUCAGUUUGAGAAGAACUUCAAACGUCGAAUUCUUACCUCCAUUAUCUAUCCGCGCAACAGCAAGGAUGAGCCGAUAUAUAACCCGAGCGGCAAGUACUCCAUUCGGAUGCAUGUGAAUGGAAUACCGCGAAAGGUGGUGAUCGAUGACUACCUACCGCUCGGCCGAUACAAUCAGCUGCUGUGUUCGUACUCGAGCAAUAAGAAUGAGUUUUGGGUGUCGUUGCUGGAGAAAGCGUACAUGAAGUUGAUGGGAGGUUAUGAUUUUCCCGGAUCGAACAGUAACAUCGAUCUUCACGCAUUGACCGGUUGGAUACCGGAACGAGCGUUGGUAAAAUCGAACGAACCCGACUUUAACGCGGACGCUGUGUUCGAUCGGUUACAGGAAGGACUUAGUAUGGGCCGUUGCCUGGUAACGGUAGCCACGGGAGAGCUGACGGAUGCGGAAGCGGAACGUACGGGGCUCGUAUCCACCCACGCCUAUGCGGUGCUGAAUAUGCGCGAGGUAGAUGGCGUGAAGCUGUUGCAGCUUAAGAACCCCUGGUCCCAUUUACGGUGGCGCGGUAACUAUUCCGAACUGGAUGUGGUCCACUGGACGCCGGAGUUACAGCGAACACUCGGGUACGAUCCCAAAAUGGCAGCCACGUACGACAAUGGAGUGUUCUGGAUAGACUACCGUUCGAUAAUGAACUUUUUCGACGUGUUCUACCUGAACUGGGAUCCGGCACUGUUCCAGUACACGUACUGCAUUCACCAGUCGUGGAGUGCGGGCGUGGGACCAACCAAGGACGCGUACAACGUGGGUGACAAUCCACAGUUUAGCCUGACGGUGCCGGCCGGUCGCGGUUCGGUUUGGAUACUGCUGACACGCCACAUCACAAGCAUUGAGGAUUUUCGCGAAAACCACGAAUACAUCACGGUGCUGGUGUACAACAGCAAUGGGAAACGCGUGUAUUAUCCAACCGAUCCGCCACCGUACAUCGAUGGGGUGCGCAUCAACAGCCCGCACUACCUGUGCAAGAUCCGGCUCGAUCCUGGUGCGGAACGUCGUUACACGCUGGUGGUGUCACAGUAUGAAAAAACUGCCACCAUCUACUACUCGCUGCGGGCGUACAGUAGAACGAAGUUUGAACUGAAACAACUUGGCCCGCGCUAUUCGACGGUGGAAAAUUUAAACGGCGAAUGGAAGGGAAAAACGGCCGGCGGUUGCUUGAAUCAUCCGUUAACGUACAAGAAUAAUCCACUGUACCGGCUGCACAUCGGACCGGCCGAAACGAGCGAUCUGGUCAUCGAGUUGCGCGGUCCCAAGGUGUACCAGGUGGGGUUGGAUUUGACGGUGGUAUCGUUGGCGGACGAUACCGUCACCGCACCGUUCGUAUCGCAAAAAACCGGCGUCUAUCGGUCUGGGUUCUGUGUGCUCGAUCUCGAAAGUAUACCGGCCGGUGUGUACCAGGUACGGCCGUCCACCUUUUUGCCCGAGCAGGAAUCGCCGUUCUUUCUGAAGGUGAAAUCGACGACGAACGUGGUGGUAGAGAAGCUGCAUUAA